AAAAACGUACUAAAAAAGUAAAAAAGAAAGAAACAGCACAAAGUAUAUGGGAAACCAAAGUGAAAAGAAAAUGCAUUUGAGUGCGUGAGAGUGUGUGUGCUUAGUAAGAAGCUCGAAAAACUGGCGCAAAACAUAAACUGGUUUCUUCAAUCAAUGCGAAAAAUCAACUGUUAACCGGCGAGUGGACGCAUUUAAAGCCAUCGCAAAAGACAAACAACAAGGCAGACGUGCAUGAAGGGAAAUCUGGCGGCUAACCGGCCGAUGAGUCUGGGCCAUCAUCAAUUACCCCAUCGCCUCGCACCUGGCCAUUAAAGCCAAGGCGUGUGGAGAUUGUGCGGAUUGUGGAGAGCAACAGGUUGGCCGGACAAGUCCUUGGGGACUCCAAGACGAAGUCACCCGUUCCCGCAUAAGUGGGCGAGUACGUGACUUAAUCAGCGGGCGCAGCUGGAUUCUGAGCCUGGCUAACGAGGCGACCAGAACGAUCACAACUAGGAGCUGGAGAAGAAGGAGGUGUGCCCCCGUUUUGCCCGCAAUGAUUUCAUGCACGGCCCAGUGAGCAGGAGCAGCAGCAGCAGCAACAUGACAGAUGUGUCAUCGCCAGCUGGUGGCGCCGCAUCUCCGGUUGAAAUGACCACCAGCAGCUCCUCAGCCGCCACUACCUCGGCGUCCUCGUCCAAACCGCUGACCAAUGGCGCCAACAAGACGACUAUAUCAACGGCAGCUGGAGGAGUGGCACCGGGUGCUGUUCCUGGACCCGGGUCCGGAGCAAUCCCCGCCAGCAGUUCGAGUGGCAAUCAGGUCAAGCUGGAGCAUCAUCACCGCCAGAGCAAUAACAAUCGACCUGCGGCCACCAAUCGCAGUUCGGAAACCAAGCUGAGAUCUCCAGCCGGCGAGAGUGAUGGCGCCUCAAGGCUGAUGACACCUGCCGGCAGUUCCUCAUCCCCAUCGCAAUCUCCAUCGCAAACCCAAGCCAGUAUACAAACCCAGACGAGUCAGCAGGACAGGCUGGCCAAGGCGAGCACCACGGCAUCUCAGCAGGAUGUCGAUGAGGUGGCCCGCCUGUUCGAGGAGAAGCCGGAAGCAUUCGAGAAGUGGCUGACGGAAAGGGCUCCUCCAGAGGCACUCAGCCGACUGCAGGAGUUCAUCGAGAAUCGCAAGCCGCACAAGCGACCCUCGGUCACCUCCGAUCUCUUCCAGCAGUGGAUGGCCGCAUCGCCCACCGUGCAGCAGAAAUCGCCGAGGAGCCUCUCGAACUCUUCAGCAUCGUCACUUCCGGAGUGCCGGAGGCAUCUGAUGGACCUGGACGAGGGCGAGCUGUUCAUGGAACUGAUUCGCGACGUGGCCAAUGAACUGGACAUUGAUGUCCUCUGCCACAAGAUUCUGGUCAAUGUGGGACUGCUCACCCACGCGGAUCGUGGCUCCUUGUUUCUGGCCAAGGGCACGCCCACCAACAAGUAUCUGGUGGCCAAGCUAUUCGAUGUCACUCAAAAGACAGCACUCAAGGACGCGGUGACUCGGGCCAGUGCCGAGGAGAUAAUCAUUCCCUUUGGCAUUGGAAUCGCGGGAAUGGUGGCGCAGACAAAGCAGAUGAUUAACAUCAAGGAGGCCUACAAGGAUGCGCGCUUCAACUGCGAAAUCGAUCUGAAGACCGGCUACAAGACGAACGCCAUCCUCUGCAUGCCCAUUUGCAAUUACGAGGGCGACAUCAUAGGCGUUGCUCAAAUUAUUAACAAAACGAAUGGCUGCAUGGAGUUCGACGAGCACGACGUGGAAAUCUUUCGCCGCUAUCUGACCUUUUGUGGAAUUGGCAUACAGAAUGCCCAGCUCUUUGAGAUGUCCGUCCAGGAAUACCGGCGUAAUCAAAUUCUCCUCAAUUUGGCGCGCAGUAUCUUCGAGGAGCAGAAUAAUCUGGAGUGCUUGGUCACCAAAAUUAUGACGGAGGCCAGGGAACUUCUCAAAUGCGAAAGGUGCUCCGUGUUUCUGGUGGAUCUCGACUGUUGCGAGGCGAGCCAUUUGGAGAAGAUAAUUGAGAAGCCCAAUCAGCCAGCCACCCGCGCCAUCAAGUCCGCCGAUAGCUUUGAGGAGAAGAAAAUGCGCAAUCGUUUCACGGUGCUCUUCGAACUGGGUGGAGAAUAUCAGGCUGCCAAUGUUUCGAGGCCAUCUGUCAGCGAGUUGAGCUCCUCGACGCUGGCCCAGAUUGCACAGUUUGUGGCCACCACCGGGCAAACGGUGAACAUCUGCGAUGUCAUCGAGUGGGUCAGGGAUCACAAUCAAAUACGGGCGGAGGACGAAAUAGAUAGCACUCAGGCCAUCCUCUGCAUGCCCAUUAUGAAUGCGCAGAAGAAGGUCAUUGGCGUUGCCCAGCUUAUCAACAAGGCCAACGGAGUUCCCUUCACCGAUUCGGAUGCCUCUAUUUUCGAGGCAUUUGCCAUUUUCUGCGGUUUGGGCAUUCACAACACCCAGAUGUACGAGAAUGCGUGCAAGUUGAUGGCCAAGCAGAAGGUGGCCCUCGAGUGCCUCAGUUACCAUGCCACCGCUAGCCAGGAUCAGACGGAGAAGCUCACCCAGGACGUGAUUGCCGAGGCGGAGUCCUACAACCUGUACAGCUUCACCUUUACGGAUUUUGAGCUGGUCGACGAUGACACCUGUCGCGCAGUGCUUCGCAUGUUUAUGCAGUGCAAUUUGGUCUCGCAGUUUCAGAUACCCUAUGAUGUCCUUUGCCGCUGGGUUUUAAGCGUUCGCAAGAAUUAUCGUCCUGUUAAAUACCACAAUUGGAGGCAUGCUCUCAACGUGGCCCAAACGAUGUUCGCCAUGCUUAAAACUGGAAAGAUGGAGCGCUUUAUGACAGAUCUGGAGAUUCUGGGUCUGUUGGUGGCCUGUUUGUGCCAUGACUUGGACCAUCGUGGCACCAACAAUGCAUUCCAAACCAAAACGGAGUCACCGCUGGCCAUUUUGUACACCACUAGCACGAUGGAGCACCAUCACUUUGAUCAGUGCGUGAUGAUUCUCAAUUCGGAGGGAAAUAAUAUUUUUCAGGCCUUGUCACCUGAGGACUAUCGUUCAGUCAUGAAGACCGUGGAAAGCGCCAUUCUGUCCACCGAUCUGGCCAUGUAUUUCAAGAAAAGGAACGCUUUCCUGGAGUUGGUGGAAAAUGGGGAGUUCGAUUGGCAGGGCGAGGAAAAGAAAGAUUUGCUUUGUGGCAUGAUGAUGACUGCCUGCGAUGUGAGUGCCAUUGCCAAGCCCUGGGAGGUUCAGCACAAGGUUGCCAAGUUGGUGGCCGAUGAGUUCUUUGACCAAGGAGACCUCGAGAAGCUGCAGCUCAACACCCAACCAGUGGCAAUGAUGGAUAGGGAGCGCAAGGACGAGCUACCCAAGAUGCAGGUGGGCUUCAUCGACGUGAUCUGUCUACCCCUCUACAGAGUGCUUUGCGACACCUUCCCCUGGAUCACUCCGCUCUAUGAAGGAACCUUGGAGAACCGACGCAACUGGCAGGAUCUGGCCGAGAAAGUGGAAAUGGGCCUCACCUGGAUCGAUCACGAUACGAUUGACAAGCCCGUGGAGGAGUUUGCAGCCUGUGCAGAUGAGGAGAUCAAGGAUAUCGAGUUCACGGUGACCACGCUCAAUUGCAAUCAGCAAUCCCAGCAUGGCAGCGAGGAUAGCCAUACGCCGGAGCACCAGCGAAGUGGCUCCAGAUUGAGCAUGAAGAAGACCGGAGCCCUGGGCAAGGCAGUUCGAUCGAAGCUAUCAAAGACCCUAUACAACAGCAUGGAUGGCUCAAAACCGAAGACCUCCUUGAAGCUCCUUGAAUCCCAUGUCAGCGAGGAUAUGGACGACAAGAGUCCUACGAGUCCUUCGCAGCCGCAGGCUUCCGGGAGCAUGGGCCGCAUGUCCGCCUCGUCCUCCACUUCAUCCGCCGGCGGCCAGAUGGUGGACAAGUCCAAAAAGCGAUCCAAACUGUGCGCGUUGUUAUGACGAAAGCCGUCCAAUUAGAAUAUGGCGACUCCCUCCAGCACCACGGGCAGUGAGACUGACCACAAGUGCGGAGGGGGGAUGACCGAGUUCUAAUUGGAUUUUGGAGUUUGGAAAACUCACAUAAAAAAUCUUGUUGUGCUCCACCUGUAUCUAUUACAGGAUUUGAUACUCGAUUUCGUUUGAUUUGAAUGUUUUUGUUUGUGAAACUAUAUAUUUCAAUAAAAUAACUUUUGCUUUAGAUGUCAGGAUAUUAAACUAAAGUCCCUGCUACACUAGGGAAUAAACAGUUUAUUCUCUUUUAUCCUAUUUUACAUCAUUGAAUAUAAAUGUCACUUUUUAUUGUAAACAAAAGUUAUUUAUCAAACUUCAGAAACUUCAAAGAGUUUUUAAUUGAAACAUAUUGUAGAACCGGAAAACUUAGAAACACAUGUAUAAUUUCAUUAACAAGAAACGCAUCAAAUCUAAUCGAAAUCGAGAACGAAGGCAGGAGUAUAUGUACAUGUUUGAUAUAUGUUUUAAGUACUAUAACUACCCAUAUACAAGCGGAUGAGCAUUAGGCAGAAGCAAAUGCAGUUGCAAUAUUAAGCAUAAGUGAAUGUCAAAAUAUGUGAUCUAUUUACGGUCCCGCAGGUGCGAAGCCCCCGGGUUGAACCUUUGUCGGAUACUAUCCUCUCUCCCUAUCUAUCUAUCUAUCUACCUAUAUAUCUAUCUGUCUGUCGCUUUUAGGUGAUUGAAAACCGCGAAACUAAACUAAUUAACUAAGUAGAUGGAAUCCAACCAACUAGCUAAGAGUGUACGUAGCUACCCUAACCAAAAUCGUGCUAGUCAAACAAACGUAUGAGAUACUAUUAUGUGUACGAAACCCCUAGUUAAGAAUUUUGAGGCUACAAACCAGGCAUCGGGCAUUGGGCAUCAGGAAGUCGGAUAGGGAUCACUACUAGUCCUCGCCUGUGAUCGGCUUGAAAUCUACUUUAUAGCUAACUAAUAUAUAUUUGUAUGCACAGAGGUGUGUAUUUACGUAGCAAACUAUAGCAAUAUUAUAUGAUAUUUCCCACACAUCCCACACGAUUGUGAGCACAGCACAAAUAUUGAGUGAUCGAACCGCUCGAAAAAAAAGAUACAACAGAAGGAAGCAAUUGAAGAUGAAUGGAUGAUACUUUUCGUACUGUGUUUGAUUGUAUAAAUAUAAAUAUUAGCUUAAAGAUACACAGCAGUCAAUUUUUGAACUCGAACUCAAGCAAAAUACGAAUACGAUAGAUAUUUGGCAUAUAAUCGCACUCGGUUAAUAUGAAUAAUCCGGUCCCACACUCUCCUAGUUGUUGCAAUCAAGUUUACUUUAAAUGUGUGUACGUGUACAAAGCAAACUACUUAUAUACUGUAGAGCAUAAAUAUAAACUAAAUAUACAUAUACGGAACCUAUAUAAAAUAUUUACAUUUGACUAAUGUAUCUAUAACUGAAUUGCUUAGAAUUAACGUGUUUAAGAGCAUUUUGAUUAAUUUUUUAUUGGUCUGCGUGUGCUAAUCAAAAUUGACUAUUAAAUGUCAACAAAAAUAAAGUUUUACAUCUAUUUUUCUAGUUGCUCUGCCGCUCGCCUGAAAAUCAAAAUCCAGACCACUUUACGAGCCGAUUUAAAUCUAUUUCUGGAUUUAGUUGUGACAAUUGUAUUAAUUGUGUAAAUUUCUUGACCAUUUCGUUGCUUGUUUUUGUUCCCUAAAGAUUGAAACAAUUAUUCACGUUUGUUUACCUUACUAUGUAAGACUUGCAAUUAAAUCAAAAAUAAA